UAAUUUAAGUUUCACUUUCGAUUCUGACUAUGGCAGUGACAUCCUGGGCGACAUUUUGCUAAGCUUCUGACAAUGGCAGUGACAUGCUGGGCGACAUUUUGCUGAGCUUCUGACAAUGGCAGUGACAUGCUGGGCGGCAUUUUGCUAAACUUCUGACAAUGGCAGUGACAUGCUGGGCGACAUUUUGCUAAGAUUUGUUGAACCAGGAAGCCACACUAUGAACCCAUGAAUCCAGCAAUCACAGUUGGACACUAGAGACUAGCCCCGUGUAUCAGGGUGAUGGAUAAGUCAAGGUUUAUUUCGAGGCCUGCAAAAGUGACGACACAAGCGUAGGGCCAAGCAAAUGACAUGGAACCCCCGGACAAAGAAAGCAACAAACAUUUAAACGACCCACCUGGAAAUAAUCCCCAGCAGCAAACGCAGGUGUCAAUUCCACAGCAGGAGAAAACAAUCGACGAUCUACAGGUGCCAACUCCGCCGGCAAACAAGACCGGCGAUCAAACGGUCCACAUGUCAUCAUCUCCCCAUAAUGAAGACCAACAAACAUCAAAGACGGAGAAUCCGAAACCAGCUGGAACUAAGAGCAAGAAGAAAGGUAAAGCGCAGAGUAAGAGACAUGAACAAAAGCACACAUACCAUGGGUUGUGUGACGUCAUCUUCCACUACUUGUCAAACACAGGGUCUGCAAGGAUGUUUCUUCAUAGCAAACUUCCAACAAACAUCAGGGUUGUUAAGCAGAAUGAAAAGGAAGAAGGCGAGAAAAGCUUUGGUGAUUGUAACCAAAGUUUAGCGUCCACGCUCGAUCUCCCCGAGGGUUCAAUUGUAAAGGAGGUUGAGACAUUGCUAUUUCGGGCGUGGUUUCGUUACCAGGAAGACUCUGAACAACUAGCUUGGAUGGAGGUAAUACCAGCAGAACGUAGAGCUUACACUAUAUCAAACAAACAAAUAUCUGUCAGUAGUAUCCUGAGUACAGUGACGGGUGGCGCUAUGACAUCACCGACAGUAUUUGUCAAACAUUGGUCGAUCCCUAAAAUGCAGGUCACUUUUGAACACGACAAUGGACUUUUAUCAAUAAGCAGAAAACUUGACUACGGUCCUGAGGAAGUCAUGGAAAUGCCCUACAGUACGUUAAGCGAUACUGUGUUAGCGCAUUAUGACAACGAUGCCUGGCACCUGAACAUUGGAUUAAAAAACCCACCGAAACUUUUGGAAAAAACUCAAACCAAGAGGCGAACAUAUAGCAUAGCAAUAACAGAAGAGAAAAGAUUAAUUCACCUGACGUCCGUCACUAGUAUAGACAUUGGCUGUACAUCAGUUCUUUGUUUAGAUGUUCCUGAUACGAAGACAACUCAUUCUUCACAAGCCGAUAUGUGGAUGGUUGUGGCAAGAUUGAAACGCCACGGAUUCUCCAUAUCAUAUGCCAAUGUUUUAGUCAAAGCUCCACAGGAAAAUCUAAAUAACAGAUUCGAGUUCGGGACAUUCGAUCUAUAUUAUACAUGGGAAUGUCUACUCUCGUGUGGCUUUAAAGUGACAGAUUCUAUCACUCAACAGUCAUUGCUGUUGCUCGAGGAACGAAAAUCUACCCUGACUCCAGAGGUAUUCCAGGACAUGACAAAUAUUGCAGACAACAGUCAAUUCUUCGAAUUCGAAAGAGUCCUGACUAACAGCAUGGCCAAAUUUGGUAGUUUAAGCGUCGCAGACAAAAGGGACGAACUCCCAUCACAUUUUGCCAUGACUAGGCGAAUAGUCGUUACUCCAACACGCAUGAUCCCACUCCCAAAAGAACCGAUUGUCCAAAACAGGAUUAUACGCCAGUACGAUGACGACUUCUUUAUCCGGGUGAUGUUCCGUGAUGAAGAUUUUACAAGACUGAGUGCUGCACGGGCGGAAGGACUAAAGAAUAUCACAGAACGACUUCGCAAGUUCAUGGAUGCUGGAUUUAAAAUUGGUGACAGGAAGUACGAGUUCUUGGCUUGCUCUAACAGCCAGUUGCGUGAACACGGAGUGUGGUUCUUCUGUCCUAACAACGGCAAGACGGCAGAAAGCAUCAGGUUUGCGGCUGGGGAUCUAACAAAAGAGAGAUGUGUUGCCACGUACGUGUCGCGCAUGGGUUUAUGUUUCUCUGCGUCUCGAGCUACAGUAGAGGUAGAUGUAGAUGACGGUUCCGUGAAGUACAUUGAUGACAUCGAAUCCAGAUCAUACUGCUUCACAGACGGUAUUGGGAAGAUAUCAGUGCCCUUGGCAAAAAAGGUUGCAGGUGCUUUGCUGAUGGAUCCGGUGCCCUCCGCGUUCCAGAUCCGUUACGGUGGCUGUAAAGGCGUUGUUUCUCAGGAUCCCACCCUUGGCAAUGCAGAGCUAAUCCAUAUCCGAAAAAGCAUGCGUAAAUUCGAGUCCUCUUCCAAAAAUCUUGAAAUCUUACAGACAACUCAUCCAGGUCAGCUGCAUUUAAACAGACAAGUGAUAACUCUGAUGACUGACCUUGGAGUCCCAGACCAAGUGUUCCUGACUCUGCAGGAGAAGAUGCUAUUCAACAUGGCUGACAUGUUAUUAGACAACAACAGGGCUAUGCGUGCACUAGCGGAGGUCAAUAUUGGGAUGAAGUACAAAGACCUGAUGAGGGCAGGAAUAUCUUUCACCGGCGAGGCGUUUUUCAGGUCAGUAUUAAUGACAAUAUACAAACGCAAACUGGGUGAGUUGAUCCGAAAAACGAGGAUUGAAGUGGAUUAUGACCAGGGGAGGAUCAUGAUGGGGACUAUUGACGAGACGGGAAUAUUGGAUUACGGACAAGUCUUUAUUUCCUUCACAAAGCAUGACGGGAUAAAUUACAAAGGUACCAAAAUCCUAGAGGCCGAAGUCGUCGUUGCCAAAAACCCCUGUUUUCACCCUGGUGACCUACGUAAGUUUCAAGCAGUAGAUGUCCCGGGACUUCAUCACCUAGUGGACUGUAUCGUGUUUCCUCAAAGAGGAUCCCGUCCACACCCAGACGAGAUGUCUGGUUCGGACUUGGACGGAGACAUGUACUUCGUUUGCUGGGAUAAGACGAUGCAUCCUCCGGGAGAAAACAAGGACGCUAUGGACUUCCCAAAUGCUAUAAAAACAAAGUUGUGGAGAAAUGUUCAAGUGUCAGAUGUCACUGGAUUUAUAUCGGAGUACAUCCGAAACGACCAGCUCGGGGUAAUCGCAAAUGCUCACGUUGUUCAUGCAGACAUGAAAAAUAUCUUCUGUAAGGAAUGUAUCACACUGUCGAAGAAGCACUCAGAUGCCGUGGACUUUCCAAAGACUGGGGCUGUGCCAGAGAUGACUGCAGAUCUAAGAUCCGAAAAGUACCCAGACUUUAUGAUGAAAUCUGAUAAACCAAGAUAUACUUCCAAAAAAAUAUUGGGAAAAUUGUACCGCGAGAGUAGAUCGUUGGAGCAACCUCACAACCGUACAUAUAGUAUGGACCUUCUCAAAGAUGCCUUUAUUGUCGACAGAGAUAUGAUGUAUCCUGGAUACGAGAAGUAUCUAGAUUCUGCACAUCUGUCGUAUGACCUGUACAAUGAAAAAGUCUUGCAACUAAUGUCUCUAUACGGAAUAGAAACGGAAGCAGAAGUUGUUACUGGUGUUAUUCAGAAACUAAAGAAGACACGAGGUCAUCUACAAAAUGAAAAAUAUGAGAUAGAGAAAAUCAUCCAUGGAAAAAUGAUCUUUAUUAGACAGAAGGUACGCGCAGACUUUUAUGAAGAGUUUGGGGAAGAAGUAGAAGACAAUCUGUUUCUGCAGAUAAUACGAAAAAAAUCCUCGCAAAAGCGUCAGCUUGGUAUGUCGUCGCGUAUGAUGUGAAGUCUCAGUUAGUCAA